AUGAGGUUCGCCACGGCCGUUAUCGCCUUCCUCUCCGCCGGCCUUGCGCCGGUCGGUGCCAGCGUCCUGGUCAAGAGAGACCAGUCCGUCAUCGUCAAGGACGACCUCAAGGUUCCCGGCGACUCGCCCUUGGAGCUUUGCCCCAAGUCUCACGACGACGAUAUCGUCAAGAUUGAAAGCGUUGACCUCGCCCCGAACCCCCCUCAGGCUGGCAAGGAGCUUGUUAUCAAGGCUUCUGGAAUUGUCAAACAGCCCAUCGAGAAGGGCGCAUACGUCUUGCUGCAGGUCAAGUACGGCCUCAUUCGUCUUAUCAGCACCAAAGCGGACCUGUGCGAACAGAUCGAGAACGUUGACCUCGAGUGCCCCAUCGAAAAGGGUACCUUGAGCAUUACCAAGUCUGUCGAGCUUCCGGCCGAGAUUCCUUCCGGCAAGUAUACUGUCUUCGCCGAUGUUUACACCGGUGACGAUGUCCCCAUCACCUGCCUGACCGCCCAGGUUGUCUUCUCUCGCAACAGCCAGCAGAGCUUCUUCAGCUUGGAUCUUUAA